AUGCGUGUACUCGAAUCUAUAAAUGAGCUGCUCUAUCCAACGGAUCAGGAAAGUCAGCGCAACGCGAAUACAUUUCUGACCAAAUGGCAGCAGACAAUCGAAGCUUGGACUGAAAGUCACUCGAUACUCCAUGGAGAUUUCCCGCCAGAGGCCAAGUUUAUCGCAGCGCAAACAUUGCGCAUGAAAGUUCUGUACGACUCCUAUCAACUACCAUCGCACUGUGUUCUCAAGCUCUGUGAAUCGCUCCUCGCGUACCUCAAUAAUGACGAUUUACCGUAG